AUGCAAUUUCGCAAAGUAAUUUGUUACAGUUAUGCACAUAUUCAACCGACUCUAAUCUACAGUUCAUUUCGCAGUCUGUCGACUUCAUCACAAUUAUUUAAACACCAGCAGCAAAGAUAUCGUGAGGCUAAAGUAACUGUAAAUGAAAAGUCGAAGAGUAGACGAGAUGCUGCUCGUGAACUAUUGAUGAAAACAAAUAGGACGAAGUGGGAGAAGGAAAUGGCUCAAUUAAAUGUUUUGAAAGGUCGAAUUCCAACUUCCGAUACUUACUUAAUAUCUGAAUUUGAGCCGAAAAAAUACAGUUUGUCAGAAGCUGUUGAGCUACUGCGUGAAAGUGCCCAGCCGGAUAUGUAUGAUUGUAUGGAUAAUCCGGUUCGAGUUAAGGUUACGCUCAAUAUGUGUACAAAGAAGAAGACAAGGUUCAUACCGAAAUUUGAAAGUAAUCUCGUUCUACCAAAUCUAUUAGAUUUUAUGCCUGCUCGUCGAGUAUUGGUCAUAUGUCAAAAUUCAGAUGAUCGUGAGGCAUAUUUAACUGCUGGUGCUUAUGAUGCUGGUGGAUCAGCACUUAUUCAACGUAUAAGUCAAGGUCACUACCAUUGGGGUGAAUAUGAUACUGUUGUCGCUCAUCAAAGUUGGGAAAGUCAGGUGACAAAAUUACGACAUAUUUUAAAAGAAAGAUUACCGACAAUAAAAAAUGGUAGAUUUGGUGAAGAUGUGAUGAAACUGAUGUCAAUCCAUUCGAAUAGUAUUCAACUGGAAUCAACCUCCAUUGAUGGUGUUCCUGAAAUUGGAUUACUGGAUAUAAUUUUGGGUCAGCUCUCAUGGGAUUUCAAUCGAUUAGAAGAGAAUUUACGUAGUUAUUUGGAAUGUAUUGAAUCACAAAAGUCAUCUAGAAUUAUAAAUGAGUUCAUUCAAUCCGGUGAAAUUCAUUGUCCACCAACUGGUGAACGUUUUAUUUUAGAUAUUUCUAAAUAUUGUUCUCUUGGUAACAAAUCUAAAGCAAAUCAACUUGUUGAUGAAGGUGAAGAGGAAGAAGAUGAUCAUGAUCAUGAUCAUGAUGAUACAAUUGAUAUGAUGAGUAUACAAAUAGAAAAACAACAAAAUACAAAUGAACUUGAUAUUUGAACCUCUUGUUAUUAACUAAUUAACACCUAAUGUAUGUGUACAUAUUAUUAUUAAAAUACACUGAUUGCCCAAUUC